AUGAUUAAACGGCCCAUCAAAGUCGACAGCCAAUGGAGCCGUUCUGGGGCGCACACACCCUCCAGUGACCGGGUGCGCACCUGCAUUUGGGAACGUGGCUCGCAAGAACUUGUGUGUGCGGUGGCACUCUGGCCGCGGGGUACUGGGCCGCUCGGCUUCGUGAUCAGGCCGGCCCUGGGGUCGUCCCUACUGGGCGGAGAGGAACGCUGCUGCAGGUGCCGAUUGCCAGCUGUGGCUGCAGGGCCCCUACUUCACACCUUCCUGAACAGAGGUGGCUCCUCUCACAGUGCAGCUGGUGUCAUUGUUGGCUACCCUUUGGACACAGUCAAGACGCGCCUGCAGGCCGGCGUCGGCUAUGGGAGCACCCUCAGCUGCAUCCGCACCAUGUACAGGACGGAGAGCGUGUUCGGCUUCUUCAAGGGCAUGUCCUUCCCCCUCGCCAGCAUCGCCGUCUACAACUCAGUGGUGUUUGGGGUCUUCAGUAACACGCAGAAGUUCCUCAGCCUGCACCGUGGUGGGGAGCCCGAGGCCAGCCCUCCCCGCACCCUGUCUGACCUGCUCCUGGCCAGCAUGGUGGCUGGCGUGGUCUCUGUUGGGCUUGGUGGACCUGUGGACCUCAUCAAGAUCCGGCUGCAGAUGCAAACACAGCCGUCUCUGGAAGCCAAUCUCAGUUUGAAGUCCAGGGCGGUGGCUCUUGGGGAGCAGCCAAUGUACCAGGGGCCAGUGCACUGCAUUGCAACCAUUGUGAGGAAUGAGGGCCUGGCCGGGCUGUACCGGGGGGCCAGUGCCAUGCUGCUGAGGGACGUCCCGGGCUACUGCCUCUACUUCAUCCCCUACGUGUUCCUGAGUGAGUGGAUCACACCUGAGGCCUGCGCAGGCCCCAGCCCCUGCACUGUGUGGCUGGCGGGCGGCAUGGCAGGAGCAAUUUCUUGGGGGACAGCUACUCCCAUGGAUGUGGUGAAAAGUCGACUGCAAGCUGAUGGUGUUUAUUUAAACAAAUACAAAGGUGUCCUGGACUGUAUCUCCCAGAGUUACCAGAAGGAAGGUUUUAAAGUGUUUUUCAGAGGCAUCACGGUGAAUGCUGUGCGGGGCUUCCCCAUGAGCGCUGCCAUGUUCCUUGGGUACGAGCUUUCGCUGCAGGCCUUCCGUGGGGACCAGGCGGUGCCGAGCUCAUGA